AGGAUAAAUAAAAUAUACUUUUAUAACCAGUGUAGCAUGUUUCCAUUACUGAUAUUUCGUCACCGCUCGUAAAAUUAGAAAACAGUGUACUGCUACAGCAUAACAUACUUAAUUUGCACCUUGGUGAAGAAUGAGAUGGUAUCGUUGGCCUCGAGGAUGGCUGUAAGCAUGACUUGAAGAGUGUUGGAACAUUUGGGGAUAUGAUCAGCAGAAGUAGCUUAGAAGCUGCUUGUGAGGCUGCAGCCAAAGUUAAUGCUGUACUUAUUGCAAAAGGGAAAUUAAAACAACCUGCCCCUCAGAUCAUAAAGGUAGGAAAUAGUUUCCGGACCUCUGCAGAUUUAUUUACUUCAGAAUACGAAAUUAACGAGGCUCCGAUAGCUGCGCGCAAUCUGCUCACUAAGGGACAUACACAAGAGGAGAUAAAUCAGUUUUCAGGUGCUGCUGUGUCAACACGUGGCAGGUACCUGAACCUGGAGGAGCGUACUAGGAAUCCAGGCGAGAGGUCUUUGUAUCUUCAUAUUCAGGCAGCCACCAAACAGGCUAUUGAUUUGGCAGUCCAGAAAAUAGAGGAGAUUAUACAGCAACACCAGAUGGAUCAGCUUCCACCGCUUGGUCAUCAGAGCAAAUUCAAAAUGGGACCACCUCAGCAAAAUAUGCCACCACCAUUGAUGAGCAUUCAUGCUACAAUGCCUUCUGUUGAGAAAGUUUUGAUUGGUCUUGAGCAUGCUCCACCAACAUUUGAUUUACGAAAUAAGUUGAUUGGACAAGGAGGAGCUAAUCUUCAUUAUAUCCGCAAUGAAACAGGAGCAAUGGUCACUUUACGAGGCAAAGGAUCUGGCUUCAUAGAACCUACAACAGGAGCAGAGUCCAUGGAACCUCUACAUCUGUGUGUGGAGCAUUCUAAAUUUGAAGGACUCCAAGCUGCACAACAGCUGGCGGUGAAUUUGAUAGAGACGAUGCAACAAGAAUUUGCUCAGUUCCAACAACAGCAGCAACACCAACAGCAACAUCAGCAGCAGCAGCAGCAACAUCAGAAUCAACAAAUAAACAACCUUGCAUUACAGCAGGCUCAGUUCCAGACUGUGAGUGUGGGAGGUUUGGCUCAGCCUGGUUUGGUGACCUUACAACAUCAUCAGUCUAUACAACCCCAAGAGCUUAUGCAACAGCAGGGAGCUAUUCCUGGGCUGGUGGCUACAUCCAUAUCACUUCCAGUUGUUUCUAGUGUACCUGCAAUAUUUACCAGUCAGAUGCCACAGCAACCAGUUGCACAGUUGUCUGGCCCACCACCACUUCUGGGUGUUCCACCACCUCACUUAACACAGCAACAUCAGCAGUUGUUGCAACAACAUCAGCAACAGCAGCAGCAGCAGCAACAACAACAGCAACAACAGCACCUGUUGGCGCAGCAGCAGCAUUUACAACAGCAAGUUCAACUUCCACCUCCAGGACUUCAUAUACCUACGCAUCAGGGACCCUUGGUUCCUCCACAGCAGCAAGUCUCACAUCAGCAGCAACAUCUGCAGGCUGUGAUGCAACAGCAACAAUUGCAGCACCAACAGCAGCUUCAGCAGCAGCAGCAACAGCAGAUUCAUCAUCAACAAAUGCAGUCACAUCAGGCACAGGUGUUACUGCAACAGCCACCACCCGGUAUUCCAGUGCAAGGGCAGCCACCACCGCAGAAUGCUUUAACGUCAAUGCCGCAGCAGCUGGUGGCACCUCCUGGAAUGGUGGUUGUGAGCCAGUCAGGGGCAAUGGGAACAACUGCUGUUGUCACCUCUCAACCUCAGCAGCCACCAUUAGUUCAACAGCCUCAGCCCCAUGUCCCACCAGGUCAUCAAGGUCUGGCACCUCCACCAACAGCUGUCCCACCGCCAAACCAGGCACUCCCACCACAUUCUUAUGGAAGUCCACAUAUCUAUGUCACAACGCAACCACCACCAUCAUCAGGUGCCCAAUUGGUGCCACAGCCACCACAGCCAGUGCCUGUUCCAUCCCAACAGCCAAAUCAAGAACCUCCACAACCUGUUCCCAUGCCAAACUUAACUGGUCAGCAGCAGCAACCACCACAGCAGCACCAUCAGCAGCCACAGCAGCUUGGUAACAUCGGAGCUCCACAGCAACCGCAGCAUGGUCAGCAACUACAGCAGUUACCACCACAGAGUUUUGUGGGUGGGCCUCCUGGAACCCAGCCUGUCACCAUUUCUUAUCCAUAUCAAUAUAUGCAAAAUUCUAUACCAGCUCCUGCCAGUUACCCAGCAUUUGGACGUCCAGAACCUCAGCAGGCUCCACAAGGAAUGCAUGCCCAAAUGCAACAGCAGGGGCCCCCAGUUCAAAAUCAAGGUCCACCCAUCCAGCAAGGCCCACCUAUACAUGUCCAAGGACAUCCAUUGCAACAUCAAGGUCAACCCUGGCAACAGGGUCUACCCAUGCAAGCACAGGGCCCCUUACAGAGUCAGGGCCCUCCUUUACAAGGGCAAGGACCACCUAUUCAGAAUCAAGGCCCACCAAUGCAGACCCAGGCACCUCCAUUACAGGGUCAGGGUCCUCCUCUGCAAACUCAAGGGCCUCCACUGCAACAGGGACCACCAAUUCAAGGACCUGGAAUUCAACAGGCAGGACCCCCAUUACAAAAUCAAACUCCACCACAGGGUCCACAUUUACAGCAAGGUCCCCCUUUUCAGCAGCAAAAUCAAGGUUCCCCUUUACAAAAUCAGAACUCACAACUUCAAAAUCAAGGUCCUCUACAGAAUCAGAAUGCCCCAUUACAAAUAAAACAAGGACAAGGGCCACCUCUUCAGCAACAACAAGGACCUCCCAUGCAGCAGCAACCACCACCUCAGUUGAUGCAGCAACAACCGUCGCCUCAGCAGCAACAACAACAACAACCAUCACCUCAGCAACAGCAACAACAGCUCAGUAAAGCUGGCCAGAAGCGGCGCUUCACAGAGGAGCGUGAAGAAUCUCAGGAAGGUUUUCAGGGCAACCGGUCCUUAGCUUUAGGACAAGGGCCGCCAUCCUCAACUGGAGUUCAGCAUGCAAGGCAGGGUGUGGGUGUUGAAGAGUUGAUGCAGCUUAAUCAGCAGCAGAGACAGCAGCAUCAGCAGGGUAGUCAACAGCAGCAGUCUUCACCUCAGCAGCAACAACAACAACAGCAGCAGCAGCAGCAACAACAACAACAACAACAACAGCCACAGGUGAAUGCUGCGUCACCCCAACAACAGCAAACUGGGAGUCGAAGCACUGAGAGAGACAAGCAACUCAUGCCUCCGCCCCCCCCACCUCCAUCCUCCACAGCAGGUGACAAGAGACCGGGGGAACAGGAGAUGAAUGUCAAGAGGAUUAAGGCAGGACCAGGUUUCGCCUUAGAUGAAGGAGAGGAAAGUGAACGAGAGAGGGAGAGGGAAGACACCGAAGGGAACAGCCAGACCUCAGGAGCAAGUAGCGGGAAUCAUCGUGGAGGGAGCGGAGAUUUUCAGCACCAUUCACAACAGCGAGGUGCACCAGGCAGUCGAGACCGACCUUCCUUUAAUCAUUAUUCUUCUAAACCACAGCUUUAUAAUGCAAGUUUACCAUUCCAUAUGCAUGGUAUUAAUAUGUACCCUCCACCCCCUCCACCACCACCACCUAAUUCACAACAAGCGCAACAGCAAGGUUUACUUCAGCCUCCCCCUCCACCACCGCCACCCCCACAGCAUCAUCCCCAUCAGCAUCAAUACCCUUAUUACGCACCUCAAGGCCAGUAUCAGUACAGUCCAUAUUGGAUGAUGCCACAGUAGCUACUGGCAAAUCAGCGUUACAGGAUGUUGUGUUAUAAGUACCUGGCAGAACUGUGAGAUAAAUAUGUUUCAAUUAUGGGCUGGUCCAAACAUAGAUCUAAUGAACGUAAGCCUGGGUUUGAUAAAAAGAACGGGGUAGAUGACCCUUAGAAGAUGACUACACUUAUGAAUUUUCCUUAGAUGUUAGCAGUCUCACUAAUAUUUUAGAUCUCAUAUUGUGUGGCAUUGCUCAAUCUUGUUGACUUUUAUUUUAAUGGCUUGUAGUUAACAUACUGAUAUUUAGGCUCAAACUGUUAUGUUUUUUGUGUAACAGUCAUGAUUCCUUUGUUAAUGAAAGAAACCUUCUCAGCUGCUUGAUCCCUAUGCAAACUCCUCCUUCACCUCAUCCUGCAUGAGUUACCCCCAAGUUUUUAGGAAAGCCAUGGGUGUUUAUGGCUUGUAGCUACUAGGUUUGUCUUCUAUGUCCACAACACACGAAUGGCUCAGUGGAUUUUCAUGAAUUUCAUACUGGAAAGUUUUAUUAAAAUCUGUCAAAACAUUCCAAUUUUGGUUAAAAAUCAGACUAUAAUGGGCACUUUACAUGAAGACUGCAUGUGUUUCUGCAUAUGAAAGUGACUGGCUUGGGAAUCCCCAACCAGAUAUGGCCUGUGCAACUGUGUGAGGGAACCUUCGUGAUGGAGUCAUCAGCCAGACAGGCAGGCACCUAUGCAGCCAUGUGGGGAAUUCUGACUCAUCAGUGGGUGCCAUUCUCAAAAAUCAAAUCCUGGUGAACACAUCAGUAAUGUGCUAUGUGCACAUAACCUUUAUGAUUACCACUCCUGAAAGGCUGUUAUGUCACAGUUUUAUCAGUACUUCUGUAAGGCAGUUGCAUAGGAUAUAGGUGGUAUCACCCUUUUUAUCAUCAGGACUGUUGUAGGGUCAUGGUGUGGGGUGGAGAUGGUGUCACCCUUUUCAUUGUCAGCACUCCUGUGAGGCUGUUGGUGUGAGGGACAUGUGGUGUCAUCUGCUUUAUUGUCAUAACUGCACAGCAGUUGGUGUUACCAUUUUUGACAUCAGUAAUUAUAUGAGGUGCUUGGUGUUGGUGAAGAUGACUUAACCCUUUCUGCAUCAGCAAUUUCAUGAGGUGGAUAUUUUGUCCCCUUUUAAGUACAUUUUCUACUGAAAGUUUAACAAAUUUGAAGUAUCUUCCAUGAUGACAUCAUCACCCAGCCAGACAUCCCUGCCCAUGCAGUAGUCAUUGACCACAGAUAAGCCCGAUAUCACUGGUGCCAUGGAAGGAUAUUAAAACCAUUCAGAAGUAAUAAAAUCAAAACAUAUUACAUUGUCCAUGACAAUUGUUGAUUACUCAUAUUAUAGUAAUUGUUACACAUAGGUGAUCCUCUAAAAGACACUAAAAGCACACAGUAUUUUUGCACACUGAUCUGAAUAUCUUUUGAGUUGUGAAGCAAGGAAAUAGAAAAAUUCCAUAUAAGUUGGAGCUGAAUUUAGAAGCCAAUAUCUACAGAGAAUACUAAUGAAAGUAUGGGAAUGUGAAAUGGGAUAGUGUCAAUUAGGUGCAUACAUGUUAAAAACUUGUCUUGGAACAAACUUGUUCGGUUCAUCAUUUUGUAGAAGGAAUAUUCAGUAGAUUCCAGUUAAUUGGGACACAUUGGUACUAGAACACUUUGCCACAAUUAAGCGGCUGCCCCAGUUUGUCCUUUAAGAUUUGUCCCAAAUAAACGGCUCCCCCAUUAACCGAAAUCUACUGUACUUAUAUUCUAGGUCAGCGUUUCUCAAUUUAUGGUAUGUGUACCACUGGUGGUAUGUGUUAAAUUAGAAUUAGUGGUACGCCAGCAAAAAGGGUUGAGAAUCCCUCUUCUAGAUCAUAACAAUUUGUUGUAAAUUAAAAGUAUGUCAUUCUGCUUGCCAAAACAAGCGUUCCUACGUACUUUCGUUAUGCAUCAGAAUCUCUGUGGCCAGUGAUCAGCUGUCUGAUUUUCACACUCUAGACUUCUUAUUCUAAUUGACCACUGCAGUUAGUUUAACAAUAUAACAUUAUUUACAGUAUUAGAACUUUGCAAAGACUUGCCCAUUUAUUAUGAAACAUUUUUAAAGUCUUUAGAACUACAGCUGGAUGAAUGUUAAUGUAAUUUUUUUGUCAUAAAUGCUAAAGUACCACAUUUGCCUAUGCAGUAGAUAUGCAAGUAGUUUUUAUCGUUGUUGUCAUCUGUAGAGAUGGAAGAAGUAACAUCUGCCAUAAUGGUUUUGACCCGUGAUAAAUAUGGCUAUGAUAGGCUUAGCAACUGAACAGUCGAUAAUGAAUUGCUUUGACAGACAAAGCCUUCUUGGAAGGGAUUCACAUAUACAUUAUGUCUCUACUAUAGUAUUGGAUGAUAUUCAGUCAAUGCCAAGUAGCAAGGGAGAAGGGAAGCCCUGUACAAACAGAUCUGUAUUUGAAAUGGUGUUCACGACAAUGCCUAGGUUUCUUUUCUUUUGUCAGAUAAGCUUGAGGUUAUAUGUGACUACUCUUUAAAUUACCCCAUAAUUUUAUAUGCAGAAUGUACAUUUAUGAAGUGUCUGUGAUACACAUUUGUCUGGACAUGAGUGGAAGUGCAUACUACUUGAAUUUGGAAUUGCAUAAUUUCCCAGAAACAUUCUUUGCGGCUUUUCGUGUGUGCGUCUGAUAAAAUCUUGAUGUUCAUUUAUUGCAGAGCUUAUCAACACCCACAUAUUUUGCACCAGUAGAGACAAAUUUUUCCCUUAUAUUUUCUUAUAGAUGCAUUUGAAAAUAUUUGAAAUAAAGUUACAGAUCUAAACAAGGUCUGUUAUUUGGGACUAGACUUUGGCUGCUGGCCAGACUUUAAAUCCAGAGUUUAUGGUUUAGUGUCAUGCUUGGUCAGCUGAAUCACAUGAAAUCAUGAUGUGCUAGUGAUAAAGUUGAAUUUCCUUAUACAAGAGCCUUGCCGUAAUGAUUAAGGGCUAAAGAGCUACCUAUUGCAUAGGUAAAUGUGGUAUUUGUGUCAUCAGUUAAGGGAAAGUGUGAGUUUAAAACUGAAUGUUUUAAAAAUGUACAUUGUUACAGUUUUAAUGGUACAUAUUUUGUAAAUAAUUGUAUUAUUAUGACUGAUUUAUUGGUGCAGACACAACCACAUUUAAUAUUGCCUGAAAACUAUGAAAUAUGUUGUAAAAUCUCUUUUACUUCCUUAUGAUAUGAUCACCUUUGUUAAGUCACUAGGUUGACUGUGUACCUGUUAUCUCUUUAACAAAUUUGCAGCCUAUGCUGACAUUAUCAAUUCAUAUAUUUCUGGCAUUGGAUCUGUAGUUUUUAAAAAUCAUAUACUCACACAUCAAGUGAUGCACAAGAUUUUGAGAAAAAGCAUUAAUUGGGGUCACUUUACUAUUGUGUACAUGAAAUGUGUGACAGUUUCUUUCCUAUGAGCUUCAUUUAGCUUUUGUAUAUAGAUAUUCAAAAUUGUCCUAAUUAUGAACAUAUGUAAGUUCUUGGCCAACUUUAAUCUGACAUCCUUUUGCACAUGUACCAUUUUCAGUUUUACAUUCCGUGAGAUCCUCGCACACAGCUUCGGCUUUUGCUACAUUGUCAGAGCUUCCAUCACCUAGACUCUUUCCAGACAUGGGAAAGAGAUUAAAUAUUUGAGUUUUUAUAGCACAAAAGGCAUAAAAAUGCAAUAAUCACACACUUUAAAUAUGGCUGAGAAGAAAUUGAGUGUAGAGUGACAGCAUUAAUAGCUGCAUGUGUUGUUAGCUGAGGGAGGUAUGAAAUACUAUACAACUUUCUCAUUUGCUGAGAGAAUACAAAUGUGCAAAAAUGGCAUGUUUACAUAAAUGACAUUUGACUAUGGUUUGUUAAUUUUGUCAUUUAUAGUACUUCAAAAAUUUUCAAGAUCAUCAGCACUAGUGUUAAAUGAAGCAGAGCUGUGGGGGAUCUAAGUGUUUAAAAAAACAGGAAAUAACAGUUUAAGGUUAAAGUACUGGAUUCUCAUUCACAGCAUCUCAGUUUGUGCUUGCUUUUGUGCUCACAGAUCGAAGCCUUUACUACUGCCAAUACUUAGAAACUAGUGAACAGAAUAUCCUACAUUAAACUGUAGUUCUGUUUUCUUCUUGCGAGUGGUGCAUUUCAACCCAUAGCUACUCUCAGCUAACAAAUGUUUUCGCCUUGUCUGCAUAAUGUCAGGCGUUUGAGAUAUAUUUUCUGUUUUCCAACUUACUUUCUCAUCAGAUGGCAGAUCAAAUUUCCUCAAUGCUAAGACAGCUUAAGAAACAGUCCCUAGGUUUGUAAGAAUACAUUAUAUACUGGAUUAUAGUAAUGUGGACUUUGUAUUAUUUUUGUAUAAUAGUUUUACUUAAGCAGCCUUUGCUUAUGUUGUAGCUGAGAGAUUGUGCUACUGUAUCAAAGACUGUACAAGCAUGUAAUGUUAGAGGUUCCAAAUCAAUGAAAGGUGAAACUUCAUACAGAAGACAUGAUACAAUAAGACAAGUUUUGUUAUUCUUUUUCAUGAGAAUAUGUUGGAUGAACAGUGUAAAGGUAAAAGGAUGAAAUAUCCUGGUACUGCUGUGUAAAAAAGAAAUAUAUAUUUUUAUGGUCCAGCCUGGUCCAUUUUGAGACAGCUAAAUUGAAAUAAGGACAAGGUAGGAUAGAAUUAUAGACAAAUAUAUGAAGGUAAGCAUGUUUAUUGGAAAACUGAAGUAGUGUAUUACAACUGCAUAACUUCCACACACACGACUGCCAACUUACAUUAGAAAUUAAACGUUUUUGUAUGUACAAAACGUAAAUUAUAUUUACCUUUUCAUCCUUCACUUGAUGCCAUUUUUAUGCUGACUGAAUUCAAUUAGUACAUGCUCUCCUAUGAACAAUAUUGCAGCAUAUAGCAGUUUCAUGCCAUUUUAUGACUUUUGUAUAAUAGGAAUAUGAAAAAUUGUAGGUAUCAAGUAUUUUUUAGUUCAUUAUACUAUUUUCAUAGCCAUAAAAACAAAGCAAAUUUAUGACUUAUAGUUUAUGAGUGCAUACUUAUAAUACUUAAAUAGUAUAAUUUCUUUAAGGAAAUGCAAAUUAUAAAUAGAAAUAAAGGGUUAUUCCUUGCUUGUUUUGAAGGAA